AUGGCUGCUUCAAAUUCAGGUCGCAAUGAAAUUUUUUUGAGGGAUGAUCCGUACAACACGAACCAGGCUUGCUAUAUGGACAUGGUGAGUGCGCCCAGUUUGAAAGCGCAUCGGAUGCAACGCCGAUUCCGGCCGCUCUCGAGACAUACCGUCGAUAGUAUGGUGAUGAAAGGUGAAGACGAGGGCGAUGAGACUGUCGAUUGGACGUUUACUGAUCAAGGGUCGAAGAUCAAUAUCGAGUCAACUGAUUCACAGUACGCUUUCCCGUGUUAUAUGAGUUGGGCAAUGCAUAAGUAUAUGAAUUUACCCGAGGUUCGACGGGCACUACACAUUCCCAAGGAUUACCCGAAGUGGGUACAGUGCAGCUAUAAAGUAUCGAUGGAGUAUUAUUGGGAUACGAUCAAAGACGACCUAUCAACCUACGACGUUUUCAAGGAGAUAUUCCCGUCAGAGCACCCAAAACGUAUCCUAAUUUACAAUGGUGAUCUGGAUACGGCGUGUAAUUUCCUUGGUGCCGAAUGGUUUGUGGAGGAGAGACUGGCGCCGGGGUUUGCGUUGAAGGAGUCCGGACGAUCCGGAUGGAUGUACGCGAACGGAGCGGAGUAUCGACGCUCGAUUGCCGGAUAUCAGAAACAUUUCUGGCUUCCGGACGGAAAGAAAACACUGGAUUUGUUGACGGUUAAGGGUGCCGGGCAUUUCGUACCGUUGGAUCGAGCCGGACCCUCUCUGCAGAUGAUCGAUAAUUUUGUGCGAAACACCGGAAAUUACAGCCAGCUGGUACCAUACGACACCCAGCCGAAACCACUUCUCGCCAGAUAUCGUCCACCUGAGAAACCAAAACAGACUCGAAAAGAGGCCGAUCGCGUUUGGGAUUUGCCCGGAAUCACCUACGAUCUCAACUUCAAACACUAUUCAGGCUACUUGAGGCCAUCGAAAGGGAAUUAUUUACAUUAUUGGUUCAUGGAAUCGCAGCGAAGUCCGCCGGAUGACCCGUUGGUGCUUUGGCUGAACGGAGGACCGGGCUGCAGCUCGAUGAUGGGACUGCUUACCGAGUUGGGUCCGUUUUGGCCGAAUCCCGAUAGUCGGACGCUCACCGAAAAUGUUUACUCGUGGAACAAGGCUGGUUUUUUUGGUAAAAUCUCUUUUUUUGGGAUUUUUUUUACCAAAAUUUUCAUUUUUCCGGCAAUAAAUAUCUUGAGAGAUGGCAAAAUUUUACGGAUUUUUGGAAAAUUUGCGUGGAUUUUGGGUUUUUGGGGCGAAUUUCGUGAAAUUACAGGUUUUUUUCACAAUUACNGAUUACAGAUUGCGAAUGUGAUAUUUUUGGAAUCACCACGACGAGUUGGUUUCUCAUACCAGAAUCUCACUGAAAACACUGACGACGUAUUCAACGAUAAGAAGACAGCGAGUGAUAAUUUUCUGGCGUUGAUGGAUUUUUUGAGUGUUUACCCGGAAUAUUAUGAUCGGCCCUUCUACGUGACUGGUGAAUCGUAUGCGGGCGUUUAUAUACCAACGCUGGUAUCGUUGAUUAUCGAUAAGAUACAGGUGAGGAACGUUUGA